AUGAUGGCAGAUAUGUGUCCCGAUUGUGGAGAUUUCCUGACCAAAUGCUUAAUCCAACAAAACUAUGCAAUGGUACUAUGCCCGAACCUACGUUGUGGGUAUCCGUUUAAUCAGAACGAGACCUCAGAGAACGUAGUUUACGUUGAAGAAUCGGAAGUGUUGGAAGUGGCAAAACAACGACUUUCCAAGAGUUAA